GAAAAACAAAAACAAAACAAAACAAAACAAAAAAAGUUCAGAGGAGACACGUUUUUUUUUUUUUACUAGGGAACUUUAGGGAUAGCUUUUCGAAAGUCCUGGUCACAAUCGGAGUUUUUUUUUCUUUCUCAUGAAUUAUAAUUUCUUCCCACUUUGCCUCUCCGUGGAUGGUUUUGUUCUGCUCAUUUGCCUCGCGUGGAGGCGAUAUGGCAAUGUGCCCUUUCCGGCGACAAUGCAGGAAGAUGCUGCGUGGACGACGGUUCUCCCACGAACACAGACAGACUGAGCGCCACAUCAAGAAUGAACCUGCAGACACCCUUUAGAAUUGGAGUUGCCACACCAGAACUUUUAAAAAAAAAAAUGAAGAUCAAAUAUGCCGUUGUCUUCGUCUUUAUCGUGGCGUUGGUCAUCAUCGAAAAGGAAAGCAAUAUCAUAUCAAGGAUGUCCGACAAAAUGAUGCAGAGGCAAACUCCGCCGCAGACCACGCAAUCGUCACCGGAUUACAGCAAAACAACCACAAAUAACUUGACUGCGCUCGACAUGCUGCUGUCUAAAGUCAAUGCUUCCGAAGAGAGUCGCACCAAUCAAACCGAGGAGCGGCGUGAGGAAGAACUUCAAAAUGGUGGCCGUAAGAACAUAUUGCUCAUGGCCACCACAAGAUCAGGUUCUUCCUUCAUGGGCGAAGUCUUUAACCAGCACGGAAAGAACAUGUUCUACCUCUUCGAACCUCUGUGGCAUGUACAAUACACGUCGAUCAAGACGUACAACAGCAGUUUCUUGCCGGCAAUUUAUCGGGACGUACUCCAGGGCCUCUUCCUGUGUGACUUUUCCCUUCUGGAGAAGUUCCUCUCUCCCCCACCUCAGGACCAUGUGGCCACGUGGCUGUUCCGCAGAUAUUCCAGUUUGUCACUGUGUGAAGAGCAAGUCUGUACCCCCUUCGUCAAGGAGGUUUUUGAGAGGUUCCGCUGUCCAAAUCAGCAGUGCGGUCCACUCAACCUGACACUCGCUUCGCAGUUGUGCCUUUCCAAACAAUACCAAGCCAUCAAGACUGUCCGCGUCCAUCAGUUGGAAAUGCUGCGGCCUCUGGUGGAGGACCCUCGGCUGAAUGUCAAAAUAAUCCAGCUAGUCCGUGAUCCGCGUGCCAUAUUGGCAUCACGCAUGGUGGUCUUCUCCACAAAGUACCAGACGUUGAAGUCCUUGGUGCAGGACGGUCAGGUGCCUGAGAAUGACGAGGAGUGGAAGGCGCUACAGGGGAACUGCGACAACAUGAAAAGGUCUGCUGAGCUGGGCCUGAGCCAACCUCGCUGGCUGAGGAAAAGCUACAUGUUGAUGCGCUACGAAGACGUCACUCGCAACCCAGUGGAGAGAGUCGAGGAGAUGUACAGGUUCACGGGGAUUCCGUUCAGCCCCGAAGCCCGCGAGUGGAUCCUGAGGAACACCCAAACCACGCAGAACGCCGACGACUUCUUCUCCACCCAAAGGAACUCAUCGGAGCAGGCGGAGAAAUGGAGAUAUAGCAUUCCUUUCACAUUGGCUCAGGCGGUGCAGCGACUGUGCGGACCCACCAUGAAACUGUUUGGCUACAAGUUUGUGAACGAUGCAAAGAUGCUCGUCAAUAAGUCUGUCAGCUUGUGCGAGGACAAGACAUUUCACUAAAUAGCCCCAGGCUGUAGUUGAGACACACAUGCCUUAAUGUUAGCCCCGGAAUUUGUGGGGGCUUGGUAUUGAGCCCUGCGGCGUAGAAACUGAUGGAUCACUUUGUCAUACUUUCUUUGCACAGAUGACUAGAUUCCAAUUUAGACAGAGCAUUGGCAUCUUGUGCCAUCUUAGGGGAAAACAAAAAGCACAAAAAUUGUGAAAAGUGAAAUGUAAAAAUGUGGGGUUUUGCAGACCAAAAUGCACGUCUCACAUUUGGACUGUACACGAAAAAGCCGCUUGGCAAAAACAAGUAUUUAUUGGAAAGCUAGUUACAAGCCUAAGCCGUGCAUAUGAACAAAACGUGUCCUCUUUUUUUUUUGUGAUAGUGGCUGAUAUUUAGACAUUGACUGAUGUUUUGUGUGUGUUCAUUUUGAAGACUUACGAUAAAGCUGUGAUAAAAGUGCCCAAGAAAACAAAAUGUGCUUUAACGUUGUUGGCUGUGACUCAGGUAAAGUGAAAGCUGAACUCAACCAAAUGGCACUUUGAGAAAUCCUCAUGUGAUAUACAGUCUACGCGAUGGGAAAGGAAGCUUUUCAAAGUAUUGUGUUUAUUAUGUUAAAGGGAUAAAACUGUGUGUAGAGCGUUCACGGAAUCAUUCCAGGAGCAAUACAUUUAAUGUUUCUAUCUCCUGAAAACUGUCUUUUCUUGUUUUGUAGCAUUUCUUCUAAUAAACUGCUGUCUGCACAAGA